UAGCAAAAACAAGUACAAAUUAUACAAAAAUAUCGUUCUUAAUGAUAUCCGUUUUGUUUUCCAAUUAGAUUUCUCAAAAUUUUUAGUCUCGCUCUUCACGCACCUAUCGAUAGCAGUAGUAUCGCCGCAAUUCACGUGACGUCUAUCGACGAACAGUGUCACCACUACCAGCAACUAGAACUUAUAAUUUCGAAUCGCAAAAUCGGGAAAACAAAUUAUAUAAAGCAUUGGGAGCGAGAUGGCGACACGUGUGGUGGCAACGGCGACCGUGCGCGCGGUCAAGGGACGCAAACUGAUCCCGACGCGGGCCGCCCUUACCCUGACACCCGCGGCAGUGCAGCGGAUCAAGACCUUGCUGCAGGACAAGCCAGACAUGGUUGGCCUGAAGGUGGGCGUGCGACAGCGUGGAUGCAACGGCCUCUCCUACACGUUGGACUAUGCCAGCCAAAAAGAUAAGCUGGACGAGGAGGUGAUCCAGGAUGGCGUCAAGGUGUUUAUCGACAAGAAGGCCCAACUCUCGCUGCUGGGCACCGAGAUGGACUUUGUGGAAUCAAAGCUGUCCAGCGAGUUCGUGUUCAAUAAUCCGAACAUCAAGGGCACCUGUGGCUGCGGCGAAUCGUUCAGCAUGUAAGCCGGAGAUGGAGAUCCAGAGGAGAUCCGCCGGCACACACCCGCCUCGCAGACCUAAAUUAACCAAGUUAAAUGGAGCAACAGUAGGAGCAGCACGCAGCAGACUUAGUAUCUCAUUUCUGUUGGCCAAAAACACGGCAACCUCUACCCCUUUGUAAAUUCUACUUCGCAAACGAAUGCUAAAUGUUAAGUUGUGUUCUUUAGUUAAAUUUUAGUUGUACAAUGCUUAGCGCUAGGUAAGUGACCCGUGGCAGUUGUCCUCUUAGCCGUAGUUCAAUAUAUAGACAAGGAAUGUUCUAGA